CACGCCCCUUUUUUUUUAUUUCCCUGCGCCGCGCGACGCGUGUUGGUCCGCGCUCGUCUUCUGCUGCAGAGAGUGGCGCUCGUGACGUCAUCCUGCUGGAGAGGCUGCUGGGCACGGGCGGAAAAUGGGCACAGAUCUGCGAGGACAAAAGUUUUGGACUGUGAGGAAAACCGAUUAAGUGCCAGAAAUAGGCCUAACAGCAGUCAAGACCUUAUUGAAGAACUAAAUCAAGAACUUGUGACUCAGAGGGAGCAUGUGUGAUGAUCCUCUGUUCCUUGCUCAGCCCGCAGCAAACCCAGCGUGCCUGAGAUGAGUGGUCCUCUGUGGUGCCCGGCCCCUGUCCCUGCCUGCUCUUGGCAGCGCUUGGUGGCGUGAGCAGAUUGCUCCAUCCUGGCAUCCACGGGAGCGUGGAAUGGCCUCUUUGGACCUGCCGUACCGUUGUCCUCGCUGUGGGGAACACAAACGCUUUCGGAGUCUGUCGUCUCUUCGUGCCCAUCUGGAGUACAACCACACCUACGAGACCCUGUAUGUGUUGUCAAAGUCCAACAGCGUAUGCGAUGCCGCUGCGCUACUCCCCCUAGUGGCUGACGGAGCCCUCGCCGCCGAAUCCCGCUUUCCUUACCGCGAACUGCCCUGCUCUGGAGAAGAGCUCGGGCUUGCGCCUUCAUCUACUGCUUGCUACCUGCCCAAUGUGGAGUUUCCUCUGGGUGAGAUCCUGGUGAAGACAGCCAUGAGCUCCGGCGACGCCUUGUCCUCCACGGGGAACAACGCCGUGGCGGUGGCCGCAAACGUGGCUGCUAGUGCGGUGGAGGCGGCUUACGAGGAGGGACUGGCCCGGUUGAAAGCUCGAGCGUUUGAGAGGCUCGAACUAGACGAAAGGCUCGAGAAGUUGUCGGAGGAGGUGGAGCAGAAGAUUGCGGCUCGCGUCGGACGUCUGCAGGCGGAGCUGGAGAGGAAAAGCUUGGAGCUGGAAAAGGCAAAGGUGGAGAGCGAUAGGCUCAGUCAGGAGAAGCAGGACCUGGAGGACAAGGCCACUGAGCUUUCGCGGCAAGUGGAUGUUUCUGUGGAGAUGCUGGCUAGCCUUAAACAGGAUCUGGUUAACAAGGAGCAGGAGCUCUCACACAAACAACAAGAGGUGGCCCAGAUCGACCAGUUUCUGCAGGAAACAGCUGCUCGUGAAGCCAACGCCAAAGUGCGUCUUCAGCAGUUCAUCGAGGAGCUGUUGGACCGGGCAGACCGCGCUGAGAAACAGCUCCAGAUCAUCAGCAGCUGUGCCACCACCCCCAACGGCAGCCUGGGACACUGCAGUCUGCAGGGAUCUAAAGCUAAUGGACGACAGAGAAAUUCCAGUAUCUCUGGGGCAUCGAGGGGAAUGUACCAAGUGUCUGAUCGACGUUCGUCCCCCAGCACUGCUGCAUCAGGACGAGGGAAGUCUGUGUCCCAGGGGUCAGGAGGUUACGACAGCGACAGCGUGGACCUCCACGCUCUGGAGGACUGUCCAGAUGCUCAGUACUACCACGUCCAGUGCAGACUCGGGGAAGGAGGCGGAGGAGGAGGAUACGAAAGAGCUGCUGCCUCCCGGAGCUGGGGUCUCCGCAAACAGGCCAUCCAGAACUGGCAGCGCCGGCCGUACCGGAACAGCACGGAGGGAGAGGAGGGCGACGUGUCUGACGUAGGAUCCCGCACCACUGAGUCCGAGGCCGAGAUGUGGGAGCAAGACAGGAGAGCGGAGAGCCAGCACGGGGGGAACCGGGGAGGAUACAGGCUAGCUACAGGUCGUUCUGAAGGGGGAUACAAGCCCUGUCGCCACGAGAAAAGCCCCUCCAAAGUCAACGAGGUGAUCAGUCCUGAGGUGCUGAAGAUACGUGCCGCUCUCUUCUGUAUCUUUACCUACCUGGAUACGAAGACGCUCCUGCGGGCGGCCGAGGUGUGCCGGGACUGGAAGUUUGUGGCUCGUCACCCGGCGGUUUGGACCCGAGUGCUGCUGGAGAACGCUCGCAUCUCUUCAAAGUUCCUGUGCACUCUGUCUCAGUGGUGCACACAGACGCAUUCCCUCAUCCUCCAGAACCUCAAACCUCGGCAGAGGGGCAAAAAAGAGACGAAGGAGGAGUAUCUGAAGAGCACACGUGGCUGCCUUGAAGAGGGUCUGGAGGCUUUGUUGAAAGCUACUGGCAGUAAUCUGCUCAUCCUGAAGGUGUCUCAUUGUCCGAAUCUAUUGACCGAUCGCUCUCUGUGGUUGGCGAGCUGUUAUUGCAGGGCUCUACAGGCUGUCACAUACAGGAGUGCGACAGACCCUGUUGGACAGGAAGUUAUCUGGGCAUUGGGAGCUGGUUGCAGAGACAUCAUCUCGCUACAGGUGGCACCAUUGCAUCCAUGCCAGCAGCCAGCACGCUUCAGUAACAGGUGCCUGCAGACCAUUGGCAGAUGCUGGCCACAUCUGCGAGCGCUGGGAGUGGGCGGAGCUGGCUGUGGCAUACAGGGAUUGGCUUCUUUGGCGAGGAACUGCAUGAGGCUCCAGGUUCUAGAAUUGGACCACGUCAGUGAAAUCAAUCAGGAAGUGGCUGCUGAGAUGUGCCGAGAGGGACUGAAGGGUCUGGAGAUGCUGGUGCUCACCUCCACUCCUGUUACCCCUAAAGCCCUGCUUCACUUCAACAGUGUGUGCCGUAACCUGAAGUCUAUUGUAGUCCAGAUCGGUAUAGAAGAUUACUUUGAAGACCCUAACAGCCCAGAGGCCAGAAAACUCUUUGACGAAAUGGUGAACAAGCUGCAGGCACUCAAAAAGAGACCCGGUUUCUCCAAAAUCCUCCAUGUGAAGGCCGAUGGCUUGUGCUAACUCUGCUGUGUUGAGGCCAGAGCCACAUAAAGGUUCCCCGAAUAUUUCAAGUCAUUCACUCCUAGAAGAAACGAGGAAGAAUCAAACACUUCCGCUUCAGUUUGAACUCUAAACACCAGUCUACCACACCAAGACGGGCGCAUCUGUUAGCUUUGACACGACGCAACCAAAUAGAGGAGUCUGUAAAGACAAUACGAACAAACUCUACGAGAAAGCAUAAUUACUUGCCUUCCAACAGGCUGAGGAUUUUUCUCCUACUUGCCAAACACACUAAACUUUUAAUAAGAUCUCAGAGAACAUGACGUCUCCCUUCAGAGCACAGAGCUGCAGGAGGGAGCACUCUCGUAUUCGAGAAUCAUAAAGUCAACGUGAAAUCCAAACAGCACAAAUUUCAAAUGCACAUGGGUAAGUUAGUAAUGUGUGAUUGUGUGAUCAGCUCGAUUGCUUCCCCCGAUGUCCAGCAAAGAGACGCAUUCCUUUGUUAGUCGUCACUUAAGAGCGCCUGGAUUGCGACGGCCAGCCAUAUUACUAGGACAAAAAUCAACAUAACAUAAUCACCAGCUUCAGACGUGGCUUACAGAGACUGUAUUUAGGGGAAGCCGUGUCUCCACAGAGAUUACUUUUACGUGCAGUUAUCUUGUGUCCUUAAGCGCAAGUUCAGACCGAAUGAAAAGAAGCCAAGCUGUUUGUGUCAGACCCUCCAGUCCUUCAGCCGAGGAAUUGUCUCUCUCAUCAUUGGAUCUGUUGUUUCAGACAGAUUUGCAAUGCCUUCUCCAUUAUGUGCCAUCCAUAGCUCCGACGUUGUGUUUUUGAGGUUGAAUUGCGGUCAUACCCAAUGUGCCAUUAGUCUAAAAGGUAUUAAGUCAUACCCUACAAGAUGUGCACUUACCUUAGGAAUUUAAGGGCGAAUAGUGGUGAAUAGAGACAAGCUCAAGGUGCUGUCAGUCUAAUGUAACCCUACUGUUUCACCUCAGACGUCAACAUCUCCAUUUCUUCCUUCACUCACUGUUCUGUGGAACUCGGGCUGGUGCGACUGAAUGGAUUACUUCUCCAUCUGCUCUGUUGAUUUCAGACGCUACUUUCCACGUUUUAAAGGUAGACGUUGCCGAAUGGAGAAUUUCGAGUUCUGAAUGUACACACUGAGGGGAUAAAAACAAAUCCAUACAGUUGUCGCAUUAGGUUCUUCACAGAACCUACAAGUGCUUCACUUCUAAAAUGUGUAGGUCUAUUUUUUUCUUUUUGAAAUAUGAAAUAAGUUAACAAUAGCCAUAUCAGGCCAUGAGAAAUGAAAAAAAAGUUUUGCCAAGGCAAGCGUUGUUAGUUAACUUUUUCUUGGGCCUCAUUUAUAAAGCGUGCCUACAGAUUUGAUCUUAGAGUGUGCGUACGCUUAAAUCCACGUCAGCGAUCAUAUUUAUAAAAACCGUCUUUGACGUGGAAAAGUGCUUAGCGUCACGUCAGGGUUCGAGCAGACGUAUGCACUUUUUAUUGUCGGAGUACUGCAGGUUUUUGAAAGUGUAAGCUGUUUUUGCAGCUUGCUGCGCUAAAUUAUGAUGAUUGGCGAUAUUUUGUAUGUUAAUGACAUUAAUUAGGAGAGCUGAAACCAUUCAUUUGUGCGCAAAUUCACUAUCAUUUGCGAUUCAUAGAUUUCGAAUCUGAAAGAAAGGCGUAGCCUGUUCAUGUUUUCUGGUCACGCGUUAUUCUAGGAAUCAAACGUACGCAUAACCAAGAGAUGAUUGUAAGAUCAUUUCUUUUAUAAAUGAGGCCCCUUAUGGUUUUAAAUGGAAAAAGCUUAUUUAUGAUAUAUUUUGGUGAAUUUUAAGCAGAUUUACCUAUGACAUGUCAGGUUUUGCUAUUCUGUAAGUUUACUCUAGAAAGGAGUCUGUUUUAGCUGGAAAUCAGUCAUAUUAAGGAAACUAGAGUAUGCCAUUCUCGUCAAGUUUCUUUUUUAAAAAAAACCAUGCUGAUGCAAUAACACUGAUGCAAGUACUGGUGUCGACCUCUCUCAGUGCUGUACCACUUACCCAUCAGGCAUUGCUUCUCCCCUUGGCCAGUCUCUGAGCUGAAAUCACACAGUCCAAAUUCUCUACUCCAAGUGCUUUAGUCAAGGCGAGCAACGUUCUACUUCCUGUCUUAAAACACAUUAUAUGGGUUGAAUUAGCUCGAGAGAAGUAUUCACAGAGUUUACUUUAGGAUGGCUGUUUAACAUGGGACUGGAAACCGCAGAAGUGGAAAAUCUACUCCACCCAUAACCACACACAAUGGCUUUUUCGAGUGCGCUGGCACUCUUGUCUUCUGAAGACUUUAAACAAACAAAAAAACUGUAUGUAUAUGUUGUUUCUAUAGGAAGGAAUUACAAACGGUGUAAAUAUUUGACGAGCAAGAACGAGAUAACCUGAAACGCUUACUGGAUAUCCGCCCCCAACAAGUGGUUUCCCGUUUGGUGGACGUACUGACCUGAAUGACUUUCAGAGAUCGAAGGUAUUUGCAGUAUGCUGUGUAUGAUAGAUGCUUUAUAUUGAAUGUGUAUCAGAGUCCUAUAGAGAUGGAAAUAAUUUAAAGACAGAGUACAGUUUAUUUGAACUAUUUAUUUCUAUAAAAAGAGAUGUCUAUUAUGAUGGCAUGUUUGUGCUAAAGCAUUAUAUAUAUCAUGUUGCCUUUUCAACUGUUCUGCUGUAGAUGUUAUUAGAUUAUUAGAUCUGAGUGCUCUGGAUUACUGCUUGCUGCCUUUCAUUUUUAGACUGAGCAACCGUUGCACCAUUAUGACAAUAAAAAAGUAACUGCUAAUGUUUAGUAUUAAGCCGUCGAUGUUCUAUUUUGUUUAACGUCAAGCCUUUUUAAAGAAUCUGACAUAUGUAAUGCACUUUUUUUAUCGGAGCGCUUCCAGUGCUCUAUUUGGUUUCUUAUCAUUCAUGUGCAAUUCCUCUUUUCCUAAGCUUUGCACUGGAAGACUAUCAGCUUUCCAUUCCUCACGUGAUCAGUCUGUUUAAUAGUGAUUUUUAUUUAUUUUUUUUACUUUAUAUUUUUUUUAUAUUAUGAAGUCCUGGCAGUGGUCUUAUUUGAUGCAUAGCAUUAAACUGCAAUAUAAAAAUAAAUAGCAACAUAAAUAUAUAAAUAUAAUUGCUUGGUCAUGUAAAAACAUUUGAUCACGUUUUUAUUUAUUUUAUUACAUUUUUUUAAUUGUUUUGCUUUAAGUGAGUGGUGAAAGUGACAAUGUGCCGGGUAAUAGUGUGUGGACUGAGCACUUUGAAUAUUACUUUCUCUUUUUUUUUUCUGACUAAAAAUAGACUAACAAGAGUUUGUGAACUACGUGACCAACCCAAACCUGGAGCUGAAUUUAUCUAAACGGAUUAUAAUAAACUGACAGAUACUGAAACUGAUUGUAAAUUGGGAAGAAGGAAGAAAAAGGGAACAAUCACAGAAUGCCACUUUAGCAGGAUACCUGAAGCACUCAGAAAGAUAAAUAUAGCUUUUUACGUAAGCAUAACCAUUGUUUUUGUACCACUAACCAGAACCUUUUGAAACAAUCAGUUAUAGUGGUGUUAGCUAUUGUUAGGUGCCAGAUGUUGUGACAAUUCAUGUGUAUCUGUAAUUGUAACCAUCGAAGCAAUUACCUAUUGUUAAAAGUAUUUCGAAAAGACGAAUCUACAAACAGAUGAUUUUUUAAUAGUGGAGUAUUAUCAGCUUUUUGUUUCAUUAUGUUUUGUUGCCUCAACAUGGUGUGAGAUACAUUUUUCUCAAUCUUAACAUCCAUAUUCAAACUCCACAGCCCUGGAAUGAUUAUUUGAUUAUAUAUAUAUAUAUAUAUAUAUAUAUAUAUAUAUAUAUAUAUAUAUAUAUAUAUAUAUAAUGUAUACAUCUAAAUGCCUUUUAUAUUCAUUUUUUUAAUUUUAUUUAUUUCUGCUGCUGUAUUUAUGAAUAUUGCAUUCCGUCCUUUAUUUUGCAAUAUAUUGCUUUUCCGAUGCCGUGAUGUUACUUAGCCAUGAUACCUCUUGGCUCUGAUUUGAAUGAUUGUAUUUUAUGCCCACCUGUCUGAACUGCUUUCAUGCAUUACCUCAAACAUCCUCUGGCAACAUAAGUUGAAUUGUGUUGCUUUUUUUAUACCAACAGAUUGCAUUGACGUUAUUUAAUGAAUGCCCUGCACAUUCUCUGCCGUUGCACAAAAAAGGCAAUUCAUCACCCGAAGUUAGUUAAUAUUUAUUGGAAAAUGUUCAUGAUUAAACUCCUUUCUUGCUUGUGGGAACAACUGCAGACCUUUUUUUUUUUUUUUUGUUAGGUUUUUUUCCUUUUUUUCAUUUGUUGUAUUGUUGUGGCCUGCUUAAUAACAUUCCUUAUUGUCUGUUGACCGGUUAUCCCAGUUUGCGAAAAGUUGAAUAUAAAUGUGUGAUGGAAUCGUUUACAUUCCAAAAUCUCAUGCCAUUUUGUUCCAGGCAUAUUCUAUGAGUUCUAAUAAAAAUCUGAUACAUAUA